AUGGCCGCCGCAGAAAAAGCCUACAACGAAGCGCAAGAGCGCUUCAUCGCGCAGAACCCGAAAAGCAAAGCGAUUCACGAGAGGGCGACGGAAUCCCUGCCAGGAGGCAACACCCGCUCCGUGCUCUUCUACGACCCCUUCCCGCUCUCAAUCACCUCCGCUCAAAACGCCACUCUCCACGACGCAGACGGACAUUCAUACAUCGACCUCCUCGGCGAGUAUACCGCCGGACUGUACGGCCACUCCGAGCCAGUGAUCACACAGGCAAUCAUCGAAACGACCAAGAAAGGCCUCAAUUUCGGCUCGCACCACGAAGAUGAAGGCCGUCUCGCCGCGCUCGUCAAGCAGCGUUUCCCAAGCAUGGAACUGCUGAGGUUCACGAAUUCCGGCACGGAAGCGAAUCUGAUGGCGAUCGCUGCGGCGAAGAUCGCUACGGGGAAGAAGAAGAUUGUUGUUUUCGCUAAUGGGUAUCAUGGAGGGACGUUCUUGUUUGCGGCCGGGAAGAAUAGUCCCAUCAAUGUGCCGCAUGAGUAUUUGAUUGCGACGUAUAAUGAUCUGGAGUCGGUGCAUGCUUUGAUCCGUGAGCCCGAGAAUGCGAGGGAUGUUGCUGCGAUCAUUGUUGAGCCGAUGAUGGGGUCUGGCGGUUGUAUUCCAGCUGAUGAAGGUUUCCUAGAGGGACUGAGGAAGGCGGCAGAUGAGAGCGGUGCUGUUCUCAUAUACGACGAGGUGAUGACUUCGCGUAUGCACAGUGGCGGUGGCAUUCAGUCGCAGUUACCGGUGGACAUGAGGCCCGACUUGACGACUUUGGGUAAAUAUAUUGGCGGUGGCAUGUCGUUCGGCGCAUUUGGCGGCAAGCGAAGCAUCAUGGACAUCUUUGACCCUCGCCGCCCAGACUCCAUCAAGCACGCAGGCACCUUCAAUAACAACGUCCUGACCAUGGCGGCAGGGCGAGCUGGUCUCGAGCAGGUUUUCACACCUGAUCGAGCUCAGCAGCUUCAUGCUAUCGGCGACAAGCUUCGCAAACGCCUGCAGGAAAUCGGCCGCGGGACGCUGAUGAAGGUGACUGGUGUUGGCUCGAUCAUGUGUUUCCAGUUUACUCAAAGCUCACUUGACAGGAUCAAGUCACACAACGACAUUGCCGACUCUGAUGCGACAUUGUCCGGGCUGCUGCACCUCUUUCUGCUACAACGAGGUUUCUACAUUGCCAGGCGUGGGUUCAUGGCGCUCAGCUUGGCGCUGACUGAAUCGGAUCUUGAUGGGUCUGCCAAGGCCGUGGAAGACUUCGUGGUAGAGCAUCGACAGCUGCUGGCGGAUUCGUCUGGUAGCGCCAAGCUCUAA